GCCAAGCUCCUGGGCAGCACUGGCAGGAGCGCGCACCGCCCGGGCCCUGUGUGCAGGGCGCGUUGCGGAUUCGCAUCGCUCGUCCAGGAGCCAGCUCAAAGCGGGAAGGGGGCUGCCCCCGCGGGCACGCGCCUCGCACACCCCACAAGCACAGCCUCCCAUAGCAAGGACAAGAAUGUUCAGCGACGAUAAGAGAGGAGGCACGGCCCCAACCCCAACACCGACGCACCAGGGCCUCUUCGCCCACGACGAAAGCACGCGGCCUCGAACUCAUGACACGUCCGCGUCCGACCUCGUCGACUUAAAUCUCGCGCUGCGGGCCCAGUUCCACCGGAAGAAGGAGUCGUCCUUCGUCCAGCCCCACAUUAGCGAGGCCUUCGACGAGUGGGCGGCCUUCAAGCCCGUCGACGAGGGGCGCGGGAGUCCGUCGAAGGCCUUUGACGAGCCGCGGGACCUGCGGAGGAAACCCUCGGGGACGAGGAAGAAGACGCCCAAGUCCGCUCCUAAAUAUAGAACGGAGCGUCGCACGUCGCCGGACCGACGAGCUUCGGUCAAGCCUCGCUCUGCCACAGCUAGGUCCUUUGUCGCCCACGGCAACAAAGGUCUCAGUUCCACUCCAGUGAAACGAUCGACAAGCGCAAGACCCGGCUUCAGCCAACCGAAACAACGGGAGUCGCAGGCGACGCGAGCCUGGCGAUCGAAAUCAGCUCGAGGCGAGCGCACGAAGCAAGCCGAACAAGCGUAUCGGCCUCGAGUGGCCAAGCAGCCGAAAUCAGCAUCUUCCGUGAGAAGGAAGCCCCCCGUCGUCCAGACGGACCGGCCGCGUUUAACAUUAAGGACGCGGCGCGACGUGGCCGACUGGGAGCGCGGCGUGUUAAGGGCGCCACAAUCACCAGUCAAAGAUCUGAAGGACGACCCCUAUCCCACCAGGUCUCUGGUCAAAAGAUCGAUCUCGCGGCGCGGCGUCCCCGAGCCCCAGCGGUCCUGGAACGAGGCCGCACUUGGCACUCGUGCGGAGGCGCGGAAACAACGACCGCCAUCCAGACAGAAGGGCGCGUACCCGACCCAUCUCGAGACAGAGUCAACCGAGACUGACUCACCACCUCCGUCGCCCGUCAAACGGCCGGCGACGGCGUCUCGCCAACGGCGCGACGAGCAGCCGACGAGGCCGCCCUCUAGGCAGAAAUUACCCAAGCGAGCUUUAGUGUUGGAUGGUGUGAGUGGCCCGCCAUCCCCGAAAAAGACGAACGCUUGGAGUGAUAAGGCGCCGACGCCUACUUUAUACAGUGAUGAAAGUGACGACGCCCCGACGUCGCCCUCGAAAAGACAGCCCAACUCCGAGGAUAGACACCACGACCCGGAAGCCGACGGGUUUACGGCCAUCGACGGCCCUCGGACGCCGUGCCCCUUCAAGAUCCAGGUCCAGCACGGCUGCGAAGAUGCGGUUGAAUUGGACGACCUUGGUCUGUCCCGCAAUUACGACAGCGGCGCAAGGUCGCCGACGAGUCGACCGCAGUCGGCGCGACAUCGGUCUCCCAAGGCCUCCUGGACCCAGCCGCCUCGACAAUCGUUCAUGCAGCCGCGCCGGGUGGUCCGCUCGGGAAGUUCGCCGGAAAUGGUCGCUGCUCUAUUGGAGAGAACGGUCAUCGAGGAGGUGAACGACGCGGAGUUGCAAUCGAUAUCAGAUGACGAGGACAUCCUCGAGGUGGCGUCGGGGACGACGGACGACGACGACGACCCGCACCUGGAGACGAACCUCGGCGAGGAAUUUCUCUCAUUAUUCGCGGGGACGCCCGCGGGCUAGUAAGAACAAUACAUGUG